GAAUGAGCCGGGGAAUUCAAAUUCCAGCUGCGUAGGAAAGAAUCACGACGUUUUUAGCAGCUGUGCCAUUGUGAGCAGAAAAGGCAAGGAAAAGGGUUGUACUUCGCUUCAAAGACGACCAAAGAUGGCUCACAAACAUAUUUAUUACUCGGACAAGUAUUACGAUGAUAAAUUUGAAUACAGACAUGUGAUGUUGCCGAAGGAACUUGCCAAACUGGUCCCCAAGAGCCACCUGAUGUCGGAGUCGGAGUGGAGAGGCAUCGGUGUGCAGCAGAGCCAGGGCUGGUGCCACUACAUGAAGCACGAGCCAGAACCUCACAUCCUGCUGUUUCGGCGACCAAUCACAACUCCCCCAGACCACUAGCGUCGUGAGCGCCGGGAGACCGGGGUCCUCACGCAUCUGCUUGGAGACCGGACCUGGGUCCCCGCACGUCUGCUUGUGGUUACCAUGGAAACCUGUGACAUGUACAUACUCAGGUGCUACACAAGGACAACUCAUGACAUCAUCAUGGCAGCUGCUCAACAAUAACAACAACCAACACACAGUUAGAAUGGACAAUUACAGUUGAACUGAUGUUGUCUCCAAACGUUGUCACUAUAGAAGUGCUGUUCUGUCUAUGUACCCUCCAUUUUUCUUAACCCUAUAUAUUUUCUUAACUCUUUAUUCUUAACUCUCUAUAUUCUGUCUUCAAAAGUUUUGUUCUUCCCCAUUUUUUUUACUGUUCUGAUCUAAAGACAUGCAUCACUAUAAUAGUAACACUGCAAGUUUGCAACAUGUAAAUAUUACAAUCUUACCAUAACAUGUUUCCGCAGUACUGAUCAUUGAGACAUUGAUAGAUCACGGCAAAGUCAUGUCAGCUAAACGCCGCUGUUAAAGUUAUACUGACCCAUUCCUUACUAUCUGUAGAAGUGCACAUGUAUGUACAGUAUGUAUGGACUAGAUGGUUAAAGUACAUAGUUCACAAUUUGUAAGGAUACGGGAAGACAAUAGCAAUUGUAAGGACCUACAUAGUUCCAGCCUUUGUCGGUUUCCAGUAUACUAGUAGGGCCCUUUUCUUAGACUUCCCUUAGUUAUAGUAGCUCUUUUCUAUUGUAUGUAUUAG